GGUAACUUGCUAAUUUUGGGGCGGAACUUUGUAUUUCCGUUUCGCUUCUACAGAUUUUGGCUGACCUCACUGCUCAUUUCUUUUGCUCCCUUGUUCCGGUUUUCUCCCGCCAUCUUCCACGGCACCGACUGGGCAUCUAACGCUUCUUCUCGCCGUCCGACAAGCUCCCCGGCCAGGUCGUUCAUCCUCUUCCUCUGCGUAAUUGUGAAUCUUGUUUUUUCCUUCUUCAUCUGCUUAUCAGGCAUAAGCAUUGUCAUAAGGGAAAAAUUGCUUCCGGAAUCCGAGCAGACGGUGACGAAUUCUAGGGUUUUUUUGUAUUUGAUGUGCUUUUCGAGAAUCGGAGAUGGCGGCUGCCGUUAUGCUCCUUUUAGGAUCGAAUGCGCGUCGUUUAUAAAAAAUCGUUCUUCGAAAAGAACAAAACAGCGUUUUUUUUCCUUUGUCUCGGCGCCAAAAAUUGCGCGGCUAUGGCGCCAGGACCGGUUUCAUGUGCCGGAGAAUCGGAAGGGCUGGGGAUAAUUUGAGAUUAACGGAGUUGGAGAAAUUCUCUGAGCAUCAGUGACUAUUUUUCUGGACCGAUGAUUUUUGUUUUGUUUUCCUUUUCUUGAUUGAUGAUUUGUGUAGUGGCUGUUGUUUCAGGAUGAAAGAAACUCCAGUGAGUCGGGAGGAUGCACAGACCAAAGAGGGGCCAGACUACUUUGCUUACUAUGCAUCUCAAGUUAAGGAGUUGAUCUCACAAGAGAUAGAUUUCCCUUUAUCAACCAUUGAAUCAACUGGAACUAGGACUGGCGAGGGGGUAGACCAUGAUGUGGUUGAGCAGCGUGGCUUCAGUGGUUCACGUUCGUUGUUCAGCAACAGCAUAGGAGCUGGAGUUUCAGAGUACAAGAAGGAGAGGUUAAAUGCAUUGCUUCCACAGGCUGCAAGCGCUCUUAAACCCGAAGUGGAUGAGAUGCUCGAUCCUGUUAUUUCGAUGCGUCAGUUACAAGAGAAACUGUGGAACAGAGAUUCUGCUGCAGGAAAGGAAGGCACAAAAUCUGAUGGAGAAGAGAUUGCUGACAACAUGCCUCAGGGGGAUGAUGAUCUGGAAUUCCUACUUGGGACUGACAGCACUCUGGUUGAAGAGAGUAUAAAGAAGUAUUCUGAUGAAUUAUUGUCAACUCUAGCCCACAUGGAGAAAAAACUCGAAGAACUUCUCGACUCUGUAGCUUCUACUUGCAGACCCAUGACCAGCACAGAGAAGCAGCAGCUUCAAAGGAUGAUCCGGAACCUGCCACCAGCAAAUUUUGAUCGCAUAGCUGAUAUUGUCCAGCGCCACAAGCCGAUAGAAGCACAGCAAUGUGAAGAAAUCGUUGUUAACAUGGAGCAGGAGGAUAAUACUACACUCUGGAGGUUGUAUUACUAUGUUCAAGUAGUGGAGCGCGCUAAGAAACUCGUACCAUAAGCAGCUGUUAUUGUCUUCCCGCUAGCUGAGAAUCCUUUUGAGAGUGUCCAAUUCUUGACUGUUCAUAACUUGAUAAAUAGGUAUGAUAAAAUUUGAAACUAUUU